AUCUGAUUAGCCAUUUAGAUUGUCUUAGAUGUAUGUAUGUAUGUAUGAGGAUCAUCUGAAUUGGUUCUGGGUAUUCAUUAUACAAUAUACUUCCUAAGACCAUCAUAUUUGGCUUAUAUGGUGAAGAUAAGGUUGAUGGUUUUAAUAUGCUGCAGGGUUUUGAUGACGCCAAAGCUUCUGUAGAAAUGGAGCCAAAACCUGCCAGCGUGUAGCGACAAUCCUCCAAAAGCCGCCAUUAGAGACGCAUGGUAUCCACCGACUUACCAUCUUCAUCCCGAUGACAGGUUUUACUCUAAACGCUUCAUCUUGAGAAAUGUGCAGCAAAUUUUGGUAUGUUCUCUUGAGUCUAUUUCUUGUAUCAUUGAAGCUUGGUUACUUGCCACUGCAACCCUCUCAGAUAAGCAACAUUCAUUCACAUGUCACAAUCAUGUCUCCUACCCAACCGCUUCAUUUUUUUCCUUUUUUCUUUUUUUUCUUUUCCUCCCUUAAUCUCUCGUUUGUUGAGAACAUGAAAAGUAUAAAGCUUUUCGACGUGUUUUAUUUUUCCAAUACUGUUGAAGCUAAACUUUAUUAUCAUCCACUUCACAUUCUCCAUAGGCACUGUUUCCCAAGGACAACCUCCUCUCCCUCCCUCUCUCUCUCUCUCUCUCUCUCUCUCUCUCUCUCUCUCUCCCCGAAGCCCAAGUAAGAAAAAGUCUUCUUGUGUUCCACCUUCACACCACAACCGAGAGAGCUUACGAACUGGCCUCAGAAAUUGGUGAAGCUGACUGUUUUCUAAGGCAGCUACAAUGGCAGAACACCAAAAACGCCCUGUUGGGCAUGGAUUGGAAGUAGUAGAUGAUUCACGCCAUGAGAAGGCUUUAUUAAGAGCAUUUGAUCAAAAUGGGGUUUCGAGAAACUCAUCAAAAGACGGUCCCAGUUGGAGAGUUGAACCUUGUGAAGUUGAGAAGAUCAGUAGAAGACUGAGCCUUCUUGAAGAAGAUACUAGAGCUAUGAAGAAAGCUUUGUUUGAGAGUUUGGAGGAAAGAAGAAAUCUGGUGUAUGAGAUAAACCAGCAAUUUCAGAGCAUAAGCAAACACCAUCAACUCUGUAACGAGGUAGCUGAAGAUCAUGAUGAGACACUCCAACUCCCUGAGGAAUGGAGAAGUGGUGUUGGCCUAUCACAAAUCUUUCACCACCAACCAAAUAUAUCUCUCGUCUUCAAACAUUUCAAACCAAAUUUGUUGGCAUUCACUGAUUAUCUUCCAACAGAAAAAUGAUCUAUUUGGAGAGACUCGAAGAAUGUAAGUAUUCCGAGUUCGUCUUUUAACCAAUUGAGCUAUAUUUAGGCUGGCUAUUACAGUGAAAUGAAUUCAUCUUCAUCUUUGAUGUAAUUUUUCAUCUUCAUCUUUGAUGUAAUUUUACGGCACGUGANUUUU